AUGGCUAAUUGCAUUUCCUGCCAGGCUUUCUAUAUUGGAUUAACUAAGAGGAGACUGAAAGAACGUAUUUACAACCAUGUUUACGAUAUUCGUAAACAUAAUGAACUGAAUGCUCUGGCCAAACACAUAAAUUUGAACCCGACACAUCAGUUUAGAUUUAGAGUUUUACAAGUUUUGGAAGUUGGCCCAAGAAUGGGUGACAAUAAUAAUGCUUUAGCGAAAUUAGAGUUGGAAUGGAUAUUUAGGUCAGUUGGGAAUUCUUCACGUGCAGCAGUAAAUGUUGGCAGACGUCAGACUGUUUUCGAGAUUUUGAGCUUUCGACAAAUUCAGAAUGUUCUCACUGGCAUCGAUGUAACGGUCCCAGAAUACCAGGAAAUCCGUGGAAAGAUGCUUUCUGGCCACGUUGAGUAUCAGCUAGUAGUAGUCACUCGCCUUUCUUCUUUCAAGUCUGCAAAACACAAACCUGAAGAUGUGGUCCAGUUUGCUAUAUCUAAAAUGUACAGUGAGCUUGACGAAUUUUAUCAAGCGUUAACUGCACAGUAUCCAGGAGCAGAGCUGCCACCCAUGCCCAGGAAAGCAUUGUUUGUAGGUGAAGCAGAUAUCAGGGAAAGAAGAGGAGCAUUUGAUGAAAUCAUGAGAUUCAUCUCCAAAGACUCAUCACUGUCUACAUGUCCAGAGUUUUUGGAAUUUCUAGGUGCAAAAUCCAGUCAUGUUGCAGAUGUUGUAAGCAACUACGAGGAAGAGAAGGAAGUAAAGGAGAGUGAAGCAUUUGAUUUCUUUAGUGAAAAGGAGACUUCAGGCGACAUUCCACACUUCAUUUCAGCAAAAAAUAAAAAAGUGCAUACUGCACCCAAAACAAGAGAGAAGGAAGAAGAAGAAGAGGAAGAGGAAGAAGCUCUGGAUCCAUUGGGUAUUAUGAGGUGUAAAAAGUCCAAAAAGCCUGCAGCUCCAGCAAAGGAUGUGCCACCAAAAUUCAGUCUGUUUGAAGAGGUAGAUCCAGAUGAGGAAUUGUUUCACCCUGGGACAGACUCCUCAGAUGCAAGCAGCAAAAAACAACCUACUAAAGACCGUUUGAAAUUGUUUGAGGAUCCUGACCUUGGUGGGGCGGUUAAGUUAGGAGACUCACUUUUGCUGGCCAGUGCCUACAGCAGUAAGACGAAUGUACCAGCUACAAGCCUAGAAGAAGAUACCGAAGACCUCUUCAGAGUUGAAGAUGAUUUUGAGAAACUCUUGAAGCUGGGGUCUAGUGCUAAACCAAAGCCAAAGCUGCCACCUAAACCACUACUUCCCAAGAAACCAGCAGAAGUAUCUAAAAGGAGUACUACGGUUUCAGCUGUAGACACCCCAAAACAGAAUGUAGAAGCAAUGAAUGAAAUGGAUAUCCUCACGUACAUUCAGCAAAAUGAAUCUACAACUAGCAACUCACUUGACCUCUUUUCUUGAAAAAAACACUGCUGUGCACAUUAAUGAAGUGCUGAUAAACCAGUGCAUAUGGGAAGUACUGUCUUAAUUUACUGAUAAAAAAAUUACAUACUUGACCAAUAUAUGAAAAUUCAUGUCUUAAGUGUGAAACUAGUUCUGUUUUGCAGUUUGUGAGGGCUGCUUCAUGUCCGAGACAGUAAUUAAGAUUUUGAUAAGACUGAUUUCUCUUACUUCAUAGCUGCCAUGAGAAAUCACCAUGACAAAGAGUCCCUCACUAAUGCAAGAUCAAGACCAGCAGACUGAUCCAUUGCAUCAAUAAUAGAGCCAAAGAUUAUGCAUUUAACCUCAGGGUGAACAGCUGUUGGACUUUUGGCAUGCAAUGUAAUGUGCUCACACUGUAUCACUACUAGUUUGUUGUGAAGACAUCUAAUUUAGAUCUGGUCAUUGUUUAGGGUGACCUUUACAUUGGGGAAUUACUCUGAUGCAGCCUUUAGUGCUGCAUUGAAUAUUAGGGAUUUUUGCAUAUAGACUGCUUGUUGUGAUGCAACCUGCACUUCACCUCUGGGGUUUUGAUCAGGAAAAUGGCCCUUUGCAAGUAACAAAAAAGUGCAUUAAAGUACUGCAUAGUUAGUAUUCUGACACUUUCAACACUUAACUAUUUUAGCUUUCUGGGGCAUUGAUUCUGCUCACUUUGAAUUUAUUGCCAUUUUUACAACUGCAGUAAUACCAAAUCCCUUUUAGGGUGCUCUUGAAAUAAAGCUGUACAGUUAGAGCUUUCUGGAUAGAUUAAUUAAAAAUAGUAAGACACUGUGAUAUCACUUUGAUUAUGUUAUGAUGUGCUACAUUCUGAUUUCCUGGCACUAAAAAUCCAUUCAUUGCAUGACUUACAGUCUGUGUUAAAGUACUUCACUGUAAUUACUUUUAUUACUAAGGACUGAGCUUAAUUUCGUAGACACUAAAAAUGAUAGUGGAACUCUUGGAAUUAUUUCUUCCAAGAUUACCACUGAUGACAGCCAUUUAUUCCUGGUGAGUCCUGCUUGCUUUAGAAAAAGAAUACCUCUCAACAUUCCAGAUUUUCACAAAAUGUCCAGAUUCUUGCCUCAUGUAUGGACUGUAGCUCAAAAAUGUUGCUGUCUUCUGGCAUAUGAUUGUAGAUUGAAGUCACUAAAUAAUAACGUACAUUUGAGUUUCAGAUUUCAUACCCUUCAGAAAAUGUAUGCUAGUGCAAAAUCCAUUAUUCUAGCAACUUUCUAAGUUUAUAAGAGCAACAUCUUAAAUUUGUUUGUGAUUUUGGGUCUUUGUCCCAUUAAUAUUUUUGGCUUUGUCCAGAUUUCUUGAUCUCUGAGGUUGUAAGGUAUAAAUCUGAUUCAUAAAUAGAAAACAUUAUUUAAGAAAACAUUGUAUUAAAACAAUAAUCCUGCUGUAGUACAUAUGGACUUGUAUUCAAAAGUGAUGCUGAUAUAUUAUACUAGUUUUUAGAUAUAGGCAGGAUAUUGUGCCAGUGCUAACACCUUAAUCACUUAGAAGAUAAUGCAGCAUAAUCUAGCACCAUUGUACCAAGGCUAAGGUCCUGUAUGUAAAAUAAAUAUAUACGUAACAUAAAAAAUAAAUAUAUGAGUAACAUAAAUAUAAGUUCAAGGAAUCAUUAUUGUUGGGCAAGAGAUUCUGCCAGUUAGUGUUCUCAUAAUAGCAUGGCUGGAGUGGUGCUCCCAUGCUGUCAUUUUAGUCAUAAUAAACAAUAAUUACUUCAUAA